AUGCUAGGCGUCCUAUUCUCGAAGAGCAAUGCCAAGCCUGUGUAUCCUGGCGCUUAUACUGGAGGCCCGGCUCGUGCCUCAACCUUCAACUCGCAGCAGGCCUUCGAGGACAAGAUCGAGGCAUUACCGGCACCACUGUCGCUCGCAGUGCCCGCCAUAGCGACGAUCCCGGCCAAAGCCAAGGUCCGCCCGAACGAUGUUGAAGCACAGCAGGCUGGCUUUCGUCCUGCGAAUGUGUCACCUUCAGUACCAGGCGCUGUGCCGUUGAAUGCGGCCGCAAAGCAAGAUGUCAAGACUAGCACUGCCGCAAUUCCUGUGAUCACAAUCACUGGUGAUGAUAGUGCGAGCGAUUCGACUACCGUUGUGCCGGAUUCGGUGUCCGUUGGGGAUGUCGAAGAGAAAGAAAGUUAUGAUUUCCUCGUCAACGAUGGCAGGUGGCAUCACAAGCCACACGUAUACGAAUACAACAAAGCGUCAGCCAGAUUGUUACAGACUGCGAAGCCUAACCUGUUCGGCACUAUCUGCCAGAAAGACCGCAGUCGGCCAAAGAAGUGCGUCCUCAACGUGGCAACCAUGCAAGCGAUUGUCAUCAGAACCUACCAAAGGGAAAUCGUCGAAGCUGGCCGGGAGAUGACGGACGGCAAGACGAGCGUGCUUCUCCCGCAGCUUCUGCACAAGUACUGCGAUGCUUUACGCGACAUGGACUAUAUGCAAGAGAAAGCUGCUAAUGGCUUCGAGGACGACCCUUUUUUACUGAUGACCUCUAAGCAGAUGGAGAAAGAUCUCAUGGAAGACUACGGCCUCGUACCUGAUUUUGUGGAUCCACGUGGCGAUUUGCCCACAGCUCAUGACUCUGCCGAUCCAAGACUGCCUGGCAUCGGCCGAACAGAUCGUCUGCACCGCGCACAGCUCGAGAACAAAUACCACAAGCUGUAUAGCGUACUUGGUGGCGGCCUGGCGUUGAUCAUCCCGAUGGUCAUAAUGCGCUUGGAGCCCGGCAAAGUGAGCUGCUUGGUAACAACCUGCGGAUGCGUGGCCAUCUUUUCCCUGGCUAUCGCCUUCCGCAGCGACAUGAGACCGAACGAGAUCCUGGCAGUCACAGCCGCCUACACAGCAGUCCUCGUCGUCUUCGUCGGCACAACAACUUGA